CCCGCCAGACUGGCCUUACCUAAUCUUACACCGCCCACUGGCAGCUGACCUUCCCCCCAUCCGUUCCAACCGCUUCUUCUGCCUGCUCGGAUCCGUCAGUUUCCCUCGACCGUGCUCGUCUUCCUUUCUUAAUAUUCCUGACUCUUCGAUUUUCUUCAUCCUCUUUUCAUCAUCCCUCUGCUUCCAUCCCCCUCUGCCGUACCGUGCAUCCCCCUUUCCCCCCCACGUAUCGAAACGUUGCUUGCCUCGGCUUUCUUAAAGAUUCCUUAUCUCCCUCCUAGUGCCCUGUACUUCUCACCUCCACAUCCUCUUCCCUCAUCACCUGCGUCAUGGCUACUCCAGCCCUCCCAUCACACCCAGGUCCAGAUCAUCAAGUCUCUGUCAAGGUUCUUUACAACGACAGCAACCGCCGCUUCAAAUUACCUCUGAAAGACCUCCAGGCUCAGGUCCUGCCCCAGAAGCUCCGCUUGCUUCUCGGCGUUCCGGCAAAUGUCAACGUCAUCUUCGAACGCUAUUCCGACAGCGCCGGUAACUACAUUCGCCUAGACGAAGCCAACCCCUCCGUUUACAAACAACUCUACCGUGCUGCCAAAGCAAAGUCCAAGCUUCGUAUUAAGGCUACCGUGGUCGAGACCUCGGUGUCGGCACCUUCAGACUUCUCCAUCCCGGAUCAGUCGUCCUCUCAAAGCCCUCCCCGAUACAGUUACCUUGAGACCGUUCUCAGCUCCCCCAUCCCCAUGGCUCAUCCCGAGUCCCUCCCGACCACCUCUGAGCUGGCAACUACCUCGCCCGAGGUUGAUGCCUUCCCGCCUCAGUCGAUGCAGACAUCCGUUCAACCUCCUCGCUACCGGGACUUUGAGGCUGAAGACAAGAUCCGUUUCCCAGUUAUCUCUCACAGCUCCCCCACCGGCAUGUUCUGCAUUGACUGCAACAACUGUGGUCGAUCUAUUGCCAACGAGCACUAUCACUGCAGUAUCUGCGAAUAUGGUGACUACGACCUAUGCCCACGAUGCAUCGAGGUCGGUGCGUCGUGCCGUAGCGAUGGCCACUGGCUGAUUAAGCGGAUGGUGGUGAACGGUGUCGUGACCAACAGCACUACCGAGACGAUUCCCCCUCGUCAGGCUCAGGCCCAAACUGAGGUCAAGGCCCAGGAUACCCCCGAGCUUACCGAACAGGUUACUCCCGUGCAGGAGGAGGAAGAGAUCAAGCCUCAGAUCGCAGUGUGCCCGGCUUACGAGCCCCCCACCUCUGAACAGGUUCAGGAGAUGGAGGCCUCCCUCAACGCUGGCUUUACGACCCAGUCUGAUGUCGCUGUUCAUGGCGAGGAGCAGCCUAUGUGCAAUGGAUGCUGCCGUGAGGUCGACGAGAGCAACCUUGUGCGUUGCAAUGACUGCGAGGAUUAUGAUCUCUGCCUUCGUUGUCUGCUGCGCAACAAGCAUGGCCACCACCCUGCCCACACCUUCUCCCUUGGCUCGGACCGCAACUUCUGCUUGAAGAACCUCAUCAUGUCUCGCUGCCUGCCCGGCCGUCAGUUCAAGCACGCUGCUAUUUGUGAUGGAUGUGAGAAGCGCAUUAUCGGUACCCGCCACAAGUGCCUGUCCUGCCCCGACUGGGACUACUGUACCAGCUGCGUCCAGAAGGCCCACCAAAACCACCCUGGCCACCGCUUCGCCCCUAUUUACGAAGCUAUUGGUGAGCAGUCUCGCGACUCCGAGGUCCACUUUGGUAUAUUCUGUGAUGGCCCGCUGUGCAAGGAUAAGCCUGCUCAGAGCUACAUCACUGGAGUUCGAUACAAGUGUGCCGUCUGUGACGACGUUGAUUUCUGUGCGAGCUGCGAGGCCCAUCCCAACCACCAGCACAACCGCACCCACCCCCUGGUCAAGUUUAAGACUCCCGUCCGCACUGUCACGGUCAGCACUAUUACCGAGGAUGAGACAGUCUCUGGUCGACUUUCUCUGGGUGACCAGCCUCGUAGUACUUUUGACUCACCCUCCGCUGCUCUGCAUGAGAAUGCCGAGGAGAAGAAGCCCGUUGUCGUGGAGCAGGCUCCCGUAGAGGUGGAAGCCACCAAGCCCGAGCCAAAUUGGCCUGCUCCUCACUCCCCCGUCCCUGCCGUUGAGGCACCCGAGGCUACCAACGAACAAGAUUCGGAUAACUACAAGGCUUACUUUGUUCGCGAUGCUAUCGCUGAUGGUACUAAGCUGCCUCCCAACACGAUUUUCCGCCAGACCUGGACUCUCUUCAACCCUGGCCCUCUUGCCUGGCCAGCUGGUAGUGACGUCCGCUUCGUCGGUGGAGACACCAUGUUCAAUGUUGACACUAGCCACCCGUCGAGCGUCGAGUCUAUCCGCUGUGCGAUGGAGAGCAACAAGCUCACUGCUCCUCUGGGCCCCGGACAGAGCGCCGACUUCAGCGUGACCCUUCGGACCCCUCGCCGUGAGGGCACUGCGAUCUCGUACUGGCGUCUGAAGCUCCCCAACGGUAUCCCAAUUGGUCACCGAUUGUGGUGCGAUAUUCAGGUGCAAGGGGUUGUGUCCCCUGCCCCCUCGAUCGCCGAGCCGACCACGACCGUCGUCGAGGAGCUGACCGAGGCCGAGUCUUCUUCUGGCAGCACUGAACCUUCCGGUAGCGGCAUGAUCUUCCCUAAGCUCGAGAAGGAAUCUCCCGAGUCUAGUCUUCACGAAGCCGUGUCUUCCCCCCGCCAGGCCCCGACUCUGUCGACCGCUUCGGAGGGAGAUAUCUUGGAGGAUGUGGAGAGUCUUGCUUUGGACGAGGCCUCUACCGACGCUGGCUUCCUGACCGAUGAAGAGUAUGAUGUCCUGGAUGCUAGUGACCAGGAGUUCUUGGAGGCCAAGCAAUCUAUUCACUAGAUUACUCGCCUCGCCCACGAUUUGUACCACAGGCUUUGCCUGGCUUUAUGACACGAUAUGGAAUUGGGAAUUUGCAAGCUGGAAGGUUUCGGAACUGCUCUCUUUUUUCUUUUUUUUCUUAUUUCUUAUUCUCAAACCCCAAACAUACAAGCUUGGCCACUUCUGCCAUGGUCAGCAUUGAUAAUGACUUUACUAUCUUUUCUUUGAUCUUUGGAACUUGACCUUUCGAUUCUUACUCUUUUUUUUUUCAUUUUUGGAUCGCCCGGCUCCUAACCAUCUAGCUCUGCUUCGGGGGUUUCGACUUGACCAGUUCACGUGUCUUGACGCUGCUCCAGCUCCAGCUGCCAUCAGAAAAGAUCAUCUCCACUGCACCACGCCUUGCUUCAGAUAGUCAAAUGCAUUACUUGCUCUUUUCAACCUACUCUGACUUG